GUAGUAGUUGUUUUUUUUUCCUAUUAAUUUCAAAGAUUUACAUGUGGCAGAACUUCCCAUCUAAAGCAACUAUAGCUUGAGCUGAUCAUAAAUAUUGAACUACCAUAAAUCCUAGAUAGCGGACCUGAUGGACAAUAGCUGUCAAUCUCUUUGCAAAGGAAAUAGAAAUAAGCCCUGUUUUGAGCUUAUGCCUUUUAUUUUAGCAUUGAUACAUUGUUAUUGUUGUUGUUCACGUGCAGAGUAGUUGCAUCUUUCUUUUUCUAAGAGAAGUCAGGCUUCCUUUUCAUCGGUCAAAUCUUGUUCUCAUUUGUUUUCAUUGUCUCUAAGGUCUUUAUGUCAUUUACAUCAUUCAUUAGCAUUCAUUCAUGAAGUUUCUACUCAGUUAGCUUACGUUGAACCAAUUUCUUUUGGCUCAUUUCUUGAAGCUUUUUAAUUUUGUAGGAGAGCGUAAGAGGGGACAAGAUGUCUUCGGCUCAAGAUCCAUUUUACAUCGUUAAAGAGGAAAUUCAGGGAUCAAUUGAUAAAGUGCACACUACUUUUCACCAAUGGGAACAUAUACCUUCGAACACUGGUGAGUGGGUUCAUCUCACAAAAGAGCUUGUUGCUGGUUGUGAAAGUGUUGAAUGGCAGCCCUGGCUGCUGCUGGUUUUUGGAUGUAACUUCCAUCAAUGUUCAGAUUUUGAUAUCAAGGUGGAUGAAUUGCACAAGGCAAUUUCAGUAGCAGCAAGAGAUCCGGCCUCGUAUGGCAUUGAUGAAGUUGAACUUGAGAAACGGAGGAGAUGGACCAACAAUGCUCGGGCUCAGGUGCGCAACAUGAGGAAGACUGUGGAAGCAGGAAAGGAGCAGAGCAAUCUGGUCAACACAGGUCUAAGUGGGAUGCGUCAGGAACUAAUGCCAGUUUCAAAUGGUCGCCCUUAUCAGGCAGGCAGAUCUGAUCAGUACAAUACCCAACACAACGAGAAUUUCAUUUCAGCAGAAACAGAUAGGCAAUUGCUCCUUAUAAAGCAACAAGAUGAAGAGCUGGAUGAGCUGACUGCAAGUGUACAGAGAAUUGGGGGUGUAGGCCUUACUAUACACGAAGAACUUGCUGGUCAGGGGAGGAUUUUAGAUGAAUUGAGCUUGGAGAUGGAUGGCACCAUGAAUCGUCUUGAUUUUGUUCAGAAGUGGUUUGCCCGCUCCCUACUGAUACAUGUGCCUACCUUUUGACCUUUCCCUCCAAGAUGAGAAAUGACAUAUGAAAAGAAAGGUGAAAAAAAUAGGGACUUCUACUGCAAAAACUCUCUCGAGUUUUCAUGUUACCAAAUAAUGCCCCCGCCAAUUGAAAUUCUCGGGAGGGUCCUUUGAAGGGAGAAAUGACCAAAAUGACCUUGAUUAUAUUUUCUCUUUAAAAAGUGGUAAAUGCAGGAGUUGUGGGGUCCAUGGGUAUACUUAUGACAUCCAACCCGUUCCACAUAUGAACCCCACCAUGAUGAUCAGACAAACCAAAAAUCUGGCUGACCAAAUCAUCAAAUGGGCUGCAUGUGAAUUUGGAUGUUUUGGGGUGGUGUACAUUACUGUUAUGGUGUAGCCCACCUUCUGAUUGGAUUGUCCAGAUUUUCCGUCCACAAUGCAUUUAUUGGACAGGUUGGAUGUUGACCUGUCUGCCAUGGUAGUUCGCGUGGUAGCUUGUAGAUGGCAUGCCUUGUACAUGGGUCUGGGCUUAGCAAAGUCUAGAGAAAAAGAUAAAUCUCUAUGUAAGAACUCGAAAUUUAGAAUUUCAUUUGCAGACUCAAAAUAUUCUGAAUGUUUCAGAAACAUAUAAAAACAUCAACAGCAUGGUGCUGCUAGUUCAAAACUCCUGUAACCUAGCAACUUUCUGAACUGGCUGAGAUGCUUUUUGAAAGAGAGAGUAUCUGCUGUUAGUCACUUUUCUUUUGAUAUUCAGGUGUGUCCCCAUACAACCUUCACACAUGUUCUAUAUCUCGACUGGUCAUCUGGUGGCCCAACACAGAGAGGCUUUACCCUGAAAGCACAUCAUUUGGCUGGUUGUAACCAGUGUUGGAAGUAUUGGUAUUGCUACAAGUUUCGAGGCCAGGGAUAUUGAAACAAUAUCGAUAUCGCCGAUAAUAUCGCUGAUAACCGGAAAUGCAGGGAAGCAUGGGAAAAAUAGUAAAAUUUUCAGCGAAACUUCAAGAUAUGUUGAAAUGCACAUAUUUGCAUAUUUAGAAAAAAAAUAAUAAUAAUAAAUUACAAAAAGAAUGCAUACACCACAGGUUUCCAUUUAAUGAGGCCUUAAAAGCAUGUGUUGUUGUAAGAAAUCAGUCCAACCAUCCCAUCCGGCUUAUUUAACCAUCCAACCUUCCAUCCAAACAUCCAUCGAUAUUGCAAAAUAUCAACAACACAUAAUAUUUCACCAAGAAAUCAUUAACAAUUGGAAAGGAAAUGAAAGAUUGUGGUCUCAAUAUCGCGCAUGUUGCCAUAUCGAUAGUAUCAGGAUAUUAUCAAUGACAAAUUGAACACUACACACAACCAUGUGCCCAUGAAAAAAAAAAAUUCUAAUAAACAAAAUUUUGAUGAUAUCAAUAUGUUGGCGAUAUUAUUGAAAUAUCGUCGAUACACUUAUGAUACAAGCGUUACCUAGAAUUUACAUAGUCGAAAAUAUUGGUGAUGCAUUGGCGAUAUUGAUGCAUUGGCAAUACAAGCGACACCUAGAAUUUACAUAGUUGAAAACAUUGGUGAUUAGAUUAGCGAUAUUGAUACAUUUGUGAUACUUAGUGAUACAUUGCUAUUACCUGGAAUUUCUGAUACUACCAGCGUUAUUGGUAUCGCUACCAAUGUUAUGAGCUGGAGAUAAAGAUAAUAUCAGAGAUAAUUUGAACACUGGUUGUAACAAUCUUUUCUGCUGAUUGGGUGACUUUUGCCCAUUGAAUGCCAACUGUUGGUUGGAAUCUUUUCAACUUUACAUUUGUAAUCCUCAGAGGGAGGGUGGGAGUAAACCUGAUCAUUUUCUCUUCUGAAAAAUCAGAGAGAGGGUAAACCUGAUCAUUUUUAUUUUCUCUACAUCGGCUUUGGUUCUUUUGUUCUCAAUUGUUGCAAUUGCUCAAAUGCACCAUUUGCCCACGUUUGACUCAUGGCCAUUUCAGCAGUGGGAUAAAAUAAUUUUUGAUUUGGAAUUUCUAAUUAUCAUGGCACCUCAUCUUAGCUAUUUGGGUUUUGCAUCUUGAUUUGCUUAGCCAAGGUGCAAUGACUGUCUGCCCACCUGUGACCUGACACUAACUUUCUUUUCCCUGGGCUUGAGACCAUAAUUUGAAAGCUCAACUUGACUAUGCUUGAGAUCAGGUUGAGUUACGUAUUUGGAAUUUCCACCUUUAUAGAAUUUCAAAAAAUUGUGAACUAGUUCUCGUGUUGUAUUGAAAAGAAAGAGCUCUCUUUUAUCUACACAUUUGAUCGUUUGAUACUCUUUCUUUUCUUAUU